CCGGAGUCGGGCCGGGCUCGCGCCGGGCGCUUCCGGUGUGCGACGCGGCGCAUGCGCGCGGGGCCCGGCGUCAGCUGAUCCAGCGCCGCCUUUGCCGCCGCCGGAGGCACUCGGGCAUCGGGGCGCGCCGGGCCGGCCCAGUUGAACAGGCAAAAUGGACUUCUCCAAGCUCCCCAAAAUACGUGAUGAGGACAGAGAGGCUUUUGUUGGCUAUGUUUAUGGAGUCUCAGGACCUGUGGUCACAGCCUGCAACAUGGCAGGUGCUGCCAUGUACGAGCUGGUGCGAGUGGGACACAGCGAGCUGGUGGGGGAGAUCAUCCGGCUGGAAGGGGAUCUGGCAACUGUCCAGGUCUAUGAGGAAACUUCUGGUGUCUCUGUAGGAGAUCCUGUGCUCCGUACUGGGAAGCCCUUGUCAGUGGAACUGGGGCCUGGCAUUAUGGGAGCUAUUUUUGAUGGUAUCCAGAGACCUCUCUCAGACAUCAGCGCCCUGACCAAAAGUAUCUAUAUCCCUAGAGGUGUCAACGUGUCAGCUUUGAGCCGAGAUGUCAAAUGGGACUUCACACCUUCCAAAAAUCUGCGGGUUGGCAGCCACAUCACUGGUGGAGAUAUUUAUGGUGUGGUGAAUGAAAACUCCCUGAUCAAUCACAAAAUCAUGCUGCCCCCACGAAACAGGGGUACAGUUACAUACAUUGCUCCUCCAGGAAACUACGACACUUCAGAUGUAGUGUUAGAGCUGGAGUUCGAAGGUGUGAAGGAGAAGUUCACCAUGGUGCAGGUGUGGCCUGUGCGCCAAGUCCGUCCUGUUACCGAGAAGUUACCGGCCAAUCAUCCUUUGUUAACCGGCCAGCGAGUCCUGGAUGCCCUCUUCCCGUGUGUACAAGGGGGUACAACAGCGAUUCCUGGGGCAUUUGGUUGUGGAAAGACUGUGAUCUCGCAGUCUCUUUCAAAGUACUCCAACAGUGAUGUCAUCAUUUAUGUAGGCUGUGGAGAACGAGGAAAUGAAAUGUCUGAAGUACUGAGAGAUUUCCCUGAGUUAACAAUGGAAGUUGAUGGCAAGGUAGAAAGCAUCAUGAAGAGAACAGCUCUAGUAGCAAAUACUUCCAACAUGCCCGUGGCUGCCAGAGAAGCCUCCAUCUAUACUGGAAUCACCCUGUCCGAGUAUUUCCGGGAUAUGGGCUACCAUGUCAGUAUGAUGGCAGACUCUACUUCCCGAUGGGCUGAGGCCCUCAGGGAAAUCUCAGGGCGACUGGCUGAAAUGCCAGCUGACAGUGGUUAUCCUGCCUACCUCGGUGCCCGUCUGGCCUCUUUCUACGAGCGAGCCGGGAGAGUGAAGUGUCUGGGAAAUCCUGAGAGGGAAGGCAGCGUCAGCAUUGUCGGAGCUGUCUCUCCCCCAGGUGGUGACUUCUCUGAUCCUGUCACAUCUGCUACCCUGGGCAUUGUUCAGGUUUUCUGGGGCCUGGAUAAGAAGCUGGCCCAGCGCAAGCACUUCCCAUCUGUGAACUGGCUGAUCAGCUACAGCAAGUACACGCGAGCCCUGGACGAGUACUAUGACAAGCAUUUCACAGAAUUCGUCCCUCUCAGGACAAAGGCCAAAGAGAUCCUACAGGAGGAAGAGGACCUUGCAGAGAUCGUGCAGCUUGUUGGAAAAGCUUCCUUGGCAGAAACAGAUAAAAUUACCUUGGAGGUUGCCAAGCUGAUAAAAGAUGACUUCUUGCAGCAGAAUGGUUACACUCCUUAUGACAGGUUCUGCCCUUUCUAUAAAACAGUGGGAAUGCUUUCCAACAUGAUUGCAUUUUAUGACAUGGCACGCCGUGCUGUAGAAACCACAGCUCAGAGUGACAAUAAGAUCACGUGGUCCAUCAUCCGAGAGAACAUGAGCGAAAUCCUCUACAGACUUACCUCCAUGAAGUUCAAGGACCCCGUCAAAGAUGGUGAAACAAAAAUCAAGGCGGACUAUGCUCAGCUGUUUGAGGAUAUGCAGAAUGCAUUUCGCAGUCUGGAAGACUAGACUCGACCUCUGUGACCACUCCAGUUUGUCCUCUCAGUUCCUCAUCUCAGCUCCUCUGCUUCCCUCCCUUACAAGAAUGAUGCAACAGUACUUGAGUUGAUAAAUAACCCUAUGUUUCCCCUGUU